UGUAAAUUAUAAUUAUGUUAUGUUUGUUUUCUAUCCACAUGGGAUAGACUCGCGAUUAUAGGGAGUAUGGUGCUGAUCUAAAUUGGAAAUAUUCUGAACAUCGGAAAUAUUUGAUAGCUAUCGCUAUAGGCUAACUUUUGUUAACAGAUAUUAUUUUGAACGAACGUCUGACAAUAGAAACUACUGCAGACCAUUUGUAGUGCUCAUAAUAUUAGAACAGAUUUCAGCUGUUGUGAUCCACAUACAAAUUUCGCUUUUUUUUAAUAACACAAUUUUAUGCGGGUUUGAAUAACACUGAUAAUUCUCGCAAAAAAAAACAGAGAUAAGUUAUCUCCAUGUAGCCUAUCGCAAAUCUUUUCACGUGCAUACGAUAAACAAAACAUUAUUAGCAGUUCACUGUCAGUCGUUCGAUACCGAUCAAACCAUGAAGGUGCUGUUUACGAUUAAGCUGCUGACAAUCUGUUUGUACGCGAGCGCCUGGAUCACUGAUAACAGUGCCGACUUGUGUAACAGAAACUUCUCGGAAAUCCAUCAGGACAGCGAAUGGCUCAUGCAAAUGGACCCGAACCUGGAGUAUCUUGACUUGUGCCACAAUAACAUAACAUUCGUGGAUUCAGCUGCAUUCCAGCGCUUCACAAAGCUAUCGAAACUAGUACUGAGUGACAACAAUCUGUUGGAGUUCCCGCCGAACGGAACGGUCUUCUUGACGCAGGACAGCUUAACCGAUCUGCAAUGCGAUCGUUGUGGAGUCGAGAAAAUCUUCGCUCAAUCUCUAGCGGCCAUUCCGAUGCUUGUUGAUCUCGAUCUGAGCGACAAUUCAAUUGCUGAGAUUGCACCCGCAGCUUUUCAAAGCAAUUCUAUGCUGAAAGUGAUCAAUUUGAGUAAGAAUAAUUUGAGAUACAUCCCAAGUGAGAUGCUGUCAAUACUGACCUACGUGCGAGUUUUAAAUCUUAGUGCGAAUGCGUUACUCGCUCCGGACCAGGAUAAACCGUUCCUAGAGAGCCGCACUUUGGAAGAGCUGUGGUGUGAUGAAUGUGGCUUCAGAAUAAUUUACUACGAAACGUUUUCAAAGCUGCCUAACCUGGACCGUCUGUAUCUACGGAAUAAUAAAAUUGUCGAAAUAAAAACUCUAGCAUUCGCCAAUCACGAAAAUCUCUCUACGUUGAUGCUUCAGAAUAAUCAGCUGAGCAGCAUUAGUGUCGUUCUGCUGAAGAAGUUGAACGAACUUUGUCUGGAUGGCAACGCCAUUAAACUAGACUGCUCUCUGGUAGCAUUUUUGAAAGUCAGUAAAUUUCAAUGUUCGAACACAUCCGCCGUAGGUGUGGAAUGCCUAACUCAAACCACGACUGUGGAAUCCGUGAAAAAAUACUCACCGUCAACUGAGAUAGUGAGUGACUUGGCAACAACCAGCACAAUCGAAGUUCUCCCAGAAACUUCAACAGUACAACCGGCAUCCUCUUCAGUAGAAACUAGAGUGCUGAGCGCGGAAACAGUUACCGGCAUAUCCGAUGCCUACAUUAGCGGUUACCUUUCGAUCAUCUUCUUAGUCCAGAUCGGUGCAAUAGUGCUACUUCUACUGGUUUACCUGAAGAUGAAAAAGUACGACACGGAUUCGGCGAUAGACUGUUACGCGGAAAACAUAAUAAAUCCGAAACCUUUUCGCACGGCAAUCUACUGAACUGUUGAACGCUUUGUUGGGUGGAUACGUAAUCCGCUCAAUGAUGUGACUGUACUCCGGCAAAAUCGAAUAGCGACCACGGGUGCGGUGUCACUGUGGCUAGAGGUGCUACUGAUAAAGCCCCGAUGUGAUAUUAGAAUAAACAGCGAUAACGAUAUUCUUCAAUGGUUUUCAUCCGAGCAUGAAUCAUAUCCGCACGGUGACAGCAUUGCAUGAGGCAAAUGCGCUGGAAAAUGUUAUCUUUAGAAAAUAAAAACUUUGACCAGA